ACACACCUCUAAACACAAAAUCAGAAAAAAAGCAAAGGUAUGCCCAUAACGCACCACUGCGCAAAAUAGCAACCUCCACCAUUAAAUACUAUUAACAUACCGUUUACUCUCGCUGAAAAAAAAAAAAAAAAAAAUCUAAAUCAUUUUUAUUUACAAAGUAAGUUUUUUUUUUUUGGGGUCCUCCAUUUUUCCGAUCGGCAAAAUCGACGGGAAUCUCCAAUUCCUCGCCGCCGAUUUGCCGGAGCUGGACCUUCACUUUGACCCGAAAUAAGCAUAAAACCACAGGCCCGAUUUGCUCUCACGAACCAAACCCUAAGAGAACCUUUUGUUCCACUUUGCAAUAUUUAAAAAAAAAAAAAAAAAUGGGUUUUCUCUGUGUUUGUGCUUUAGGUACAGUGAGAUUCACAAUCAGCCAAGCUUGAUUUUGCUCGAGCUCCCAAAUACACGUGGCGAUCUGGGUCUUCUUCGCCUCCAUUUCUGCUUAAGUUUCAAAAUCGAAAUGUGGUUAUACUUGCAAAUUGGGCUCCUUCGGCAGUUAAGGACGCUGGGUAGUUUAUAGCUUUUUGGGUUCAAAUUUUUGGUAUUAAGUGAUUUAAGCUCUCUACAUGGAAACUAACAAACAGGAGGCUCUUAAAGCGAAGGAGAUCGCUGAGAAGCGAUUUGCAGAAAAAGACUUUGCGGGUGCAAAAAAUUAUGCACUGAAGGCGAAAACACUGUAUCCAGGACUAGAGGGUAUAUCUCAAAUGGUGGCCACAUUUGAAGUUUAUGUUGCUUCUGAGGUUAAAUUUAAUGGUGAAGCUGAUUACUAUUCGAUUCUUGGAUUGAAGCCAUUUGCAGAUAAAGAUGCAGUGAAAAAACAGUACAGGAAGAUGGCCGUGUUACUUCAUCCUGAUAAGAAUAAAUGUGUGGGAGCUGAUGGCGCUUUCAAACUUGUUUCUGAAGCAUGGAAUUUGUUGUCAGAUAGUACCAGACGAAGCUCUUACGAUGUCCUGAGGAGCAAACAGUCAGCCUCUGUAGUAAACCAGACAAAUUUAUCUUCAGUUCAUGCUUCCGGGGUUACAGGUUUUAAUAACUGUUCUAAUUCAUCAACCUCUCAUGGUAGACUUGACACUUUCUGGACUGUUUGCACCUCCUGUAAAGUUCAGUAUGAAUAUCUCCGGAAGUAUGUGAAUAAGAGACUUUCAUGUAAAAACUGCCGGGGUAUUUUCAUUGCUGUGGAAACUGGUACAGCUCCAGCCACUGGAUCUUUCCCUUAUUGUCCUUGGUCCUAUGUGCCUGGUAAUGGAUAUACAACUCAUGGUUAUGAAGGGGUUACUUAUGUUCCCUCCAACGCUACCUUCUUCACUGGAAAUGGGGUCUCAGGAUAUCAUUCUGCACAUGGUUAUGAGUAUGUUUCAAAUGUUUCAUUUCAGUGGAGCUCGUUUUCAGGAACUUCGACUGGAGUGGUGGGCCCUAAUGGACCAUCUACUGUAGCCUCUGAUGGUGUUUAUCAGGUUCAUGGAAAUGUGAACAAAGCUGGAGUAAAGGUUAAAUCAAGAUCCAAUGGAAAGCGGUCUGUGACAAAUUCUGUGGCUAACAUAAAUUCCAAUCUGUGUACUGGCAAUAAUGAAGUGCCAGUUUCUAAUGCCAAUAGACCUGAUAAGAAAAGAAAAGUAGUCGUGGGAGCCAGUUUCCGAAAUGGGUAUGAUGAAAAUAUUUCAAAAUCUGCUUCAGAAACAAAAGCAGCAAAUGGCAAUGCCAAUGGGGUUGAGCAGAAGGUUUCCAGUGCAAAUGAAAUUCAAAGUAAACGUUCCUCGAUUGCACCAGCAUUUGAUGCUAGGAAAUUGUUGAUUGACAAGGCAAGGAUGGAAAUUCGGAAGAAACUGGAGGAGAUGAAGUUGGCAUCAACAGCAGCAGUUGCUGCAGUGAAGAGUCCAAAAGAACAGGCUGAAAUUGUUCAAGCAGUAGUAGCUAAAGAGACAAAUAAAAAAGUAGAUUCAGAUACAUCUGGUCGCCAGUUACAUCCAAGUAGAACAGGGCCUCUCUCAAUUACCGUCCCCGACUCUGAUUUCCAUGAUUUUGACAAAGAUAGGUCUGAGGAAUGCUUCAAGCCAAAACAAAUAUGGGCCUUGUAUGAUGAAGAGGACGGUAUGCCUCGAUUGUACUGUUUGAUUCGUGAAGUGAUCUCAGUCAAACCAUUUAAGAUUCAUAUCACUUACUUGAACUCUAAAACCGAUAGUGAGUUUGGGACUGUGAACUGGCUGCAUUUUGGAUUCACUAAAUCUUGUGGAAACUUCAGGGCCUGGAGCUCAGAUGUUGUUGACCAAGUGAAUGUUUUCUCUCAUGUUUUGACCCGUGAAAAAGCUGGUAGGGGAGGUUGUGUUCGCAUAUAUCCCAGAAGUGGAGAUAUUUGGGCUGUAUAUCGAAAUUGGUCUGCAGAUUGGAACAGAUCAACUCCUGAUGAAGUGAGACACCAGUAUGAAAUGGUGGAAGUUCUUGACGAUUACUCUGAAGAUCUUGGUGUUUGUGUUUCUCCGUUAGUAAAAUUGGCUGGAUUCAAGACAGUAUAUGCAAGAAACACCGACAAGGAUGCCAUACGGUGGAUACCAAGGAGAGAAAUGUUACGUUUUUCACACCAGGUGCCAUCCUGGUUACUGAAGGGAGGAGAGGGCAAUUUGCCAGAAAAAUGCUGGGAUCUGGACCCGGCUGCAACUCCAGAUGAGUUGCUUCAUGCUGUUGCAGCGGCAGAGGCUUAACACACUAAAGCAGGGAAGCAAAAUUACUUUUGGAGUUCAUUUUAGCAUUCUUUAGAAAAAAAAAGAAAAAAAAAUUAGGUUAACUGUACAAAUAUGUCACACUUGGUCAGAGACCAUUGCAACAUUUAACCCCUGAUGGUUUAAGAGGGUGCCAUGUUUACUGAGUAAAACUUAUCAUUAGAUUUUCCAAUAUAAUGACUGCUUUUUUA